AUGCCGUCUGAGGCUCAGUCGCAGGAGCCGCGGGACCGAGGCCCGCCUCCUGUCACUCGGGCCGGACGCAGCGCAUUAUUGGCUAAAGCCUCCACAAGCCCCGCCCCCGAGAGACGCUCCCGGGGACGUCCUCGCAAAGAUGGCCGCUCCGCCGCGCCCCCAUCACCGCCGCCGCCUCCGGUCACAAAAACCAAGAAAAAGGGGCGCAGUCGAGGCCGAGCGCAGGCUGAAGACGAGGAGAGUGUGGACACUGCAGAGAAGAGCCCCGCCCCAAAGACAGGAGGAAGUCCCAGACUAAAGACGGUCCCGAGUCUCCGGCCCCGAGUCCGGAGCCUGGGCCGGCGCCGAGCCCCCGAGCCCGGACGCCCACGCUCGACCCCGGGCACGACCCUCCGGACAGCCCCCCUCGCUCCCCGACCCCCCUCCGCCCCGCGCAGCCCCGUUCCCAUGGAGACGGAGGAACAGGAAGUAGGCGCGUCCAUGGACAUCAGCCCCGCCCCCAGCCCCUGCUCCAGCGCCCCGGAGACCCCGCGGCUGGAGGACGAGGACGUGUUUCCUCUGUUCCAGCACUGUCUGUCGGACGAGUCCGCCUGCUCCCCCACGGCGAGCAUCGGGGACGCCACCAAACAUCUGACGCAGUGUGCCUUCUGCCUGCGGGGGGCGUGGGCUCCUCUGGGCCAGGGUCCUCUGGUCAUCUUCGGACCCACUCCCGGCUACAUCCCUCUGCACGUCCUGAACAGCCGCGCCUCGCCAGAUCGCCACGGCGACUGUCACGACCACGUGUACCGCGAAGACGAAGCCGCGUCCAUGUGCAGCAGUCCAGAGCAGAGCGAGUCUUCCUCAGAGUUCGUGGAGCAGCUCGGAGCCAUGGGCCUCCCCCCCGACGUGGACGCACACGCUCUGUUUGACCCCACAGGUCAGUGCUGUGCCCACCUGCAGUGUGCGUCCUGGUCUGAGGGCGUGUCCCGAGGAGAGACUCAGUGUCUGCUGUACGUGGACAAGGCCAUCGACGCUGCAUCUAAACAGGUGUGUGUGUUCUGUCGUCAGUUGGGGGCGUCGCUGCGCUGUCGGGAGGCAGGGUGUGGGCGGACUUAUCACUUCCCAUGUGCUGCUGCUGCAUCGACCAAUCAGGACUGGAGUCAGAGGGUCACAUGGUGCUCCAGACACGCCCACAGACUCCCCGUGCAGUGCGUGUUGUGUUCUCGAGGCGCUGAUUUUAGCGACGUUGGCGGGGGUUUGUUGAUGUGCUGUUGCUGUGGAGACCAUUACCACGGCGACUGCCUGGACCCGCCCCUCCAGCCCUCGCCCCUGAGCCGCGCCGGGUGGCAGUGCCCCCAGUGCCGCGUGUGCCGAGCCUGCGGUUUGCGAGAGGCGGGCAGUCCGUUGCUGGUGUGUGAGCGCUGUGAUAAGACCUUCCAUCCACACUGCCUCAGCCCUGUGCUCCUGGAGCCUCCCUCCAGCGGCUGGAGCUGCAAGAGCUGCAGAGUGUGUCGGCGCUGCGGCGUGAGGUCAUCGGGAGCGUGGGCCAAUCACCCGUCUCUGUGCGAGUCAUGUGACCCAGUCCAGCCCUGUAGUCUGUGUGGAGACGCCCCCGACCUCUACUCCCCGCAGGACCAUGUGACCUGUAUCAGCUGCCUUAGGAGUGUCCAUACAGAGUGCAUCGUUCAGGCUGGAGAGGCGAGGUUGGGGGCUGAACCUUACACGUGCGCCAUCUGCAGGCCACGGGCGGAACUGCCUGGGCCGACCACUCCCCACAGCCCCCCAGCCGCCACCGUAACCACCCCCCCAGUGUUAACAGAAGAAGCUCCGCCCAUUUCACCACCACCACCACAUCAUCACACGCAACCUCCUCCUCCGAGUCCAAAAGACCACAGUCCGGUUCGACAGAUCCCUUCAGAAUCCCCAGAAAGUCCGGAAAAUGUGGAAUUUACGCAAUCGCAGCCCGGUUCUCCAUCAGCGCUCCGACCCCGAUCCCCAAGCCCCUCGCAAAAUGUUCUCACAGAAGGUCAAACAAGAGAAAGUCCGGUACCGUUUGAAUCAGAACCUUCAGAAAUCUCCCGACCGACUCCCGAUACUGUAGAACCUUCAAAAGUCUGUCAACCAACCCCUUAUCCUUCAGAAAUACAAGAACGCCCCGCCUCGCCAUCUCAAAGUCCUCCUCUGGAAGAAGUAGAGACACAAGUUGAGCUUUCGAAUGAUCGCCAAACUGGUUCACCAUCCGCGGAGUUAAGUUCUGGAGAAAGCAGAUUAGAUCCAGAACUGGUAAACCUUCAGGAACGGCUCUCGAUAUCAGAAUCUCCUUCACGAAGCCCGAAAGAAAGCGGUUUGAAAGAUGAAGACGAUUCCACACCAGUGCACCCGCCUAGUCCUCAGUUAUCACCUCAACCGAGUCAGCUGUCGGAAAACUCUGAGCCAUUACAACCUGAGCCGAUGGAAGUUGGGCAAAGCGUUUCGGAUUCUCACCCCUGUAGUCCACGGUCACCUCAGCCCGCAGAACAUCCACAGAGUCUGGACCAGCCGGAGCCCAUGGAGGAGCAGCAGCAGUCUCUUCCACCGAGCGUCGAAAUGCCCGAGGAGAGCCCGAAAAGUCCAGACUCAAAAGAUCAGGUCGUAAAUCUGGAAGCAGCUAACGUCGAAAUGCGCUCGCCCAUCCAUCUCACAGAAGCUACGGAAAUGGCCACGAGCCCCAAAUCAUCUCCGGAAGAUUCUCACCGCGAAGACUCAUCAGAACUGGAUUCCGCAAAACUGCAAGAAAGCCAUACGCAAGCCGACCUCGACGCGACAGAUCGACGGACGGUGGACGACGAUUCAGGCGAGGAAAUGGAACAGGAAGUGACGCUACCGGUGCAGCGAAGUCCAAUCGCGGAGGAGCAGAGCAGUCCUUCACGUUCGGGUUCCGUCGGGGAGGAAUACAAAAUGGUGGUUGGCGAAUUGCACGAAGAAGUAUCAACCGAAGUUCAAAUUCAGGGUAGUCCCAAAUCUCAAAGUGAACCGCGAAGCCCUCAAGCCGAGCAUUCUGCGGAAAUUUGCCAAAAAUCGGACGAAAGCUCCCCUCCUCAAGCUGAAACGGCGGAACCGCAAAUCGAAAGCGGCCCGCCUAGCCCUCCCCGAAGUCCUUCUCCUCCUCCGCCGCCGACACUGGAAAUGUCGCUAAACCUUGAUCGUGAAUUGCCUGAAAAGACUGAAGAGGACGUUUGUACACUGGAAAAGGACCUGUCCGCCGCCCCCCGCUGGUCCAAAUCGCCGAGCCACGCUUCGUUCCACUCAGCGCCAUGUAGCCCCGCCCAGCCCCUCGCCACGCCAUCGCAAUGUAGUUUAUCUCAACCCGCGAGCCCAAAACGAGUCAACGUGACGCACCCGCUCCAGCCUUUAGAGCUCCGAAUACCAGAUUUCAGCAAAGCGGGCGUCGGUAAAUCUGAAGAGGACCGCGCACCGCCCCCGAUCCCGUCGCAGAGUCCCGAUUUUGAAAGCCAAACACUGGAAAAAUUGCCUUCAAGCCCCGGCGCGGUGGACCUACCUGAAACGCCCGACCAGGAACUCCGAGAAGAAUCGACAGCUCAAAGUAGCCCCAGCCCCGCCAGCCCCGUCGCACCACGAAGCCUUAGCACUUCAGCAAAACACAGUAGCCUAACUUUAUCACCUUGUGCUGAUCGAAGCGGAGACGCAACGCCGCCGCCGAGCCCCGCCCGAACGCUCACCCACGCCAGUCCCUUAAGAGACACUGAAAUGCCUGCUAGCCCAAUGCAGUCGGACGCCGCCGUCAUCGAGGCGAGCCCCGCGUCCCCGCAGCCGGAAGACAUGGAAGUAGACGUCGAAGAAGAAGAUGAAGAACCACAAAAGGAAGCUAGCCCCUCUCUUCACAGCCCGGUGCAAAUAAUCGACUCAGAAACUGCCAUUUUCGCCGAGGUUUCUGAUGUGACCCACGCAGGAAGCUCUGAAACAGCCCCCACUAGCCCAGCGCCAACACCAGCGAGCUUUAGUCCUCCACACUGUAAGUCGCCAGAGGUCGGCUCCGACGGCGCAUCUCAAAGUGCAGCUCAAAUAGUCCAUAGUCCGCCAAGGUCUAGUCCUGCUGGUCUCGCUAGUCCUGUCCGCACCCAAAGACAGUUUGAAGGUAGCCCCGCACAUGCUACUGAACCCAGCUCCCCUCGGCCCGGCGAAAAUGUUCCAGCGGAAAAACCCCAACAGGCUGCGGCUACCGGUGAGACUGAAGCUACUUUGAGCCUUAAUCAGGGAGAGCGGAGUCCGGUUUCACCUUGUAACGAUGAGGUUUCUGCGACGGGAAGUCUCGAAGCUGAGGAAACGCAUCCUGAAUCUCCCAAGUCGCUUCCAGACACGUUAAUGGUCAGCCCCGUCAGCCCCGUCGUUAUCCACGCCGAAGCCUCAAGUCCGCACCUUAGUCUUCAAAGAUCUGCUAGUCCCGUCACGCCAACAUCGCCAGUUCAUUCUCCAAAAUCGCCAGUUCAUUCUCCAAAAUCGCCAGUUCAUUCUCCAAAAUCACCGAUUCAUUCUCCAGAAUCGCCAGUUCAUUCUCCAGCAUCAUGUCCACCGAGUCCAGAACCUUCUCAGCCCGAUCAGGACGAGGUGGAGAUGCAGAGUUCCAGCCCCAAGUCUGAAGUCCCCAUGUCUGCGAGUCCCGGUGACAACGUUCCUCUUGAUGAAGCUAAAGUUACUCCAGUCACAAGCCCCGCCCCCUCCCCCCAACACGACCCGAGCCCCCCGCAGAGUCCACCGCCGACCGAGGCCACCCCCGUCCCCUCGCCGUCCAGGUCUAAGGCGAGUUCUGCUGCAGCGAGCCCGGCUCAUUCCCCGGCGAGCGAGGAGGCCGGAGCGGAGGCCGGAGCGGAGGCCGGAGCGGAGGGGCGGCCUGGAGCGGAGCCUGGAGCGGAGCCUGGAGCGGAGCCUGGAGCGGAGCCUGGAGCGGAGCCUGGUACAGAAGCUGUCCCCGGUCCCGUUUGUGAUUCUGUGACGACUGAAGUAAACACUGUCGAGGAGGAACUUCCUGUUUGUGAAGAGCCGCUUCCUGUUUCUCGAUCUCAAACUCCGCAACAAGAAAUGGAGGGAGUGGAACCAGAAACUGCAUCGUCAGCAGUUUCAGAUGUUCCUGUGGUGGAGGAGCCUGAUGAGAUGGAGCUGGACGUGGACGUGGAGGUGGAGGUGGACGUGGAGGAAGUGAGUCCAGAAGAACAAAUGGAGACGGACGAGUUCACACCACAGACUGAAACGAAACCAGAUCAGGAGGACGAGACGGAGCUAAGGACGGAGGAGGAGGGAGGAGACGAGGAGGCUUCAGGAAGGACAGAGGAGGAGCUUGCGGUCAACCUCCAGAGGGCAGACGGACCGGAGGAGACGGGAGAUGACCUUCUCAGGGUGGAGAGAAUAGACCAGGAGCCUUUUGAGAUGACCGAGGAGAAGGAGGAACAUGAAGAUCUCCAGAGGAUAGAGGGAUCGGAGGAAAAGAUGGAGGAGGAGCCGUCCGAGGUGGAGGACAAUCUGCGGAGAACAGACGAGAGGGAAGAACCUGGUCCACAAAGGAUGGAUGAACAAGAGGAGCCUUCAGUGAGAGAGGUGGAGGUGGACGUGGACGUGGAGGAGGAGCGACAGAGGACAGAGGUGGAGAGCAGACUCGAAAAGGACGAGGUGAAGGAGGAGAGCAGGCUCGAAGAGGAGGAGGAGGUGGUGGAGGUGGAGAAGAGUCUAGAAGAGCAGCAGGAGGAGGAGGAAGAAGAAAAGGAGGAGACUGGUCCAAGUGAAGAACCAGCAGAAGAACAUGAGGCAGAUGUCAGACCUCAGAGUCCUCCAGCAGGAAUCCAGUCGACUCCAGCCCCACCAGAGGAGCACCACUCACCCCCUGCCCCUGCCGCUGCCCCUGCUCCUGCCCCUGCCUCCCCCUGCCACUCACCCCCUGCUCCUGUCUCCCCCUGCCACUCACCCCCCUGCCCUGUCUCCCCCUGCCACUCACCCCCUUGCCCCUGUCUCCCCCUGCCACUCACACCAAUCUCCGUCUCCCCCAAACGCCUCAAACAUCUCUGCCUUAUCUCCUCCUCACUCCUCUCCUCCCUCCACCUCUCCACCUGCGUCCUCCCCUCCCCCGACCACAUCCUCCCCUCCUCCUCCCCUCCU